AUGUCGGUCGCUCAAGAUCAACAAGUACAAUACAUCGACUUUGAAACAGACAUUUUGGAACGAAGUCCUCAGCUUGAGGCAGUGAAGCCAGAUCUAGGUCCCACCGUCGACACACCCCCGCCUCUCGUACCCUACGAGUCAUCUUCAGAUUCCAGCGAGCCGGGGGAAGAGGAGAAGUCGAGGUCACCCAGGAGUCGUAAGAGGCGGAAAGGUCGAACCCGAGCUUCUCAAGGCGACAGAGUACUGAUUAGUUACCUAGACCACAACCGACCCGAUAUUGCCCUUCAUGCCGGGAAGCAUCCCUUAGAUUCUCAGAGCGAGUCCGAGGGAGAGACUGGGCCUGAAGAAUUCGACGAUCCUCCUGACUCCACACAAAAUCACAUGAGGAUCAAGGAUCGCCUCAUCCACAAUGGCCCCCCUGUCGUGCAUAUGCAGUCAAUGGUCAUCGUAGAGGAUCCAUCAGCCGCGAAUGGGAGCAACGACUUUCCUAUGGUUGACCCGCCACAUCACACAUCUGCUGCCAGACAAGUACAAACUCCGCCAGCCUCUACCACAGGCCUUUCCGAGAACCUGGCCCGCCGUCAAUAUGAAGCACCUCCCGGCCUCAAAGUGGACGGCAGCCGCAAGAAAGAAUGGGAUGUCCGACCUCCUCCACCCCAGCUGGACAUGCGGAAAUCAACAUGUGAUCUGACACCUGGAGAGGAGGAUUCAAUUGUGAAAUCACCAGCACUGGGAAGGUACACCAUCCAACCUCAAGAUCCAGAUGCUAUCAUAUUACCUGCUCUACACAAUAAAUCUCCUCCACAAUGCUCCCCAGCGGGUUCACCAGAGACCAGACAAACUUUACCGUCAAUACGAAACCUAACCAUCCCACCUUUCAAUGAUUCAGCUUCCAUGAGCUUCGCCGGAAUGUCCCCCAUGUUAAAUCGCCCUUCACCUCAUAUGACGGAAACGCCGAUCUCAUAUCUGAAUUCUCCAAACCCGGGCAUGUCUCCCCCCGAACACCCUUCGAGAUAUAGUUGGCGUUCAUCCACUCUAGAUAGUUCCAUUUCCACUUCUUCCGAAUACACCUCCGGUCCUUCAGUCGCAAGCUCUACACCAGCUUCGUCUAUCAUUCUCGCUCAAUCACCGGCCGCAUCCUACUCUGGUCCAUUGUCUACCCUGCCAGAGCAGGAGCCGUCAAACCCUCAGGAAGAGCCGCCUCCGCCUCCAGAGGCCCCGUCCGACUCUGCCGACAGUCAUCUGCUUGCUGGCCCAUUCAGGUGUACCUUCCAAGGCUGUAACGCAAUCCCAUUUCAGACCCAAUAUCUGCUGAGCAGUCACAUGAACGUUCAUUCCAACACGCGUCCUCAUUUUUGCCCAGUCAAAGGAUGCUCCAGAGGUGUCGGCGGACAAGGCUUCAAGAGGAAAAACGAAAUGAUCCGACAUGGCCUUGUCCACACUUCUCCUGGAUACAUCUGUCCCUUCUGCGCCGAUCAACAACACAGAUAUCCACGACCCGAUAAUUUACAGCGACAUGUUCGUGUGCACCAUGAGGAUCGUGAUCGAGAUGACCCUUUGUUGAGAGACGUCCUCAAUCAGCGACCAGAGGGAGGAAACAGGGGCAGAAGGAGACGGAUGAAUUCCUGA